GCCCCAUCGGCACCCCAAGUCGCCGUCUCGCACCCAGCACGGAGCAGCCUGGCAUGUUUGCGCACACUAUGGCGACGGGCCCUGCGGCAGAGAGCCACAUGCUGGAUUCUCUUUCCAGGACGGCCGCAUUCGUGAACCACCAACUUGCUGCAGCUGGAUUCCCUUCGCCGCUCAACCUGACCUCCCAGCCGUCCAAUGAGGACGUACACAGGACUGUCGAGUGUGUCUUCCAGCUCCUGCAGCAGAUCGAGAAAGACGCACACUAUCGAGAAGAUAUCCACCAGCAGAUGCUCAUGCUGUCGCAGGAGAACGAAUCGCUUUCCGCAACGGUGCUGAGGCUCACAUCCAGACUCGAAACCGCCGAGCGGGAAAUCGACCAGCUCAACAACAAAAUCAGCCUCAACACGCAAACGCUCAAGGAAACCUCGGCCAAGCUGCAGGCCACCAAGGAGGAGCUCAAAGUAACCAAGACAAACUAUCAGCACGCUCGCAGCCAGUACAUGCACGAAAUCAAGAAGCGUGAGCGGGAGGGCGACAAGAUCCGCGAUCGUAUCCAGAAAGCCCUGAGCGACAAAACAAUUGUGCAGAAAGUCGGCAUGAAGCUGCUGAAUCCUUUGCCAAAGACCGUUGCGGAGAGCAGCAAGCUCGGCGAAGCAAAGAGGACCAAGCAGGAUGAAAUGUACAAGAUCGUUGUGGGCACCUUCGAAGAGCGGGAGAAGGAGAUCCUCGCAGAAAACUCAGAUCUGCGGAAGUUGCUGUUCUCGACCUAUCAAGAGCUCAAAGGACACAUGAAAACCUUCCUACGAAGCCGCGAUGUGCUUGAGGACGAUGAUGCAACCGAGGAGGCCCGUUUCAACUUGCCCGUCAAUCUGGCCGGAAGUACAAUCCAGAGCCGGCUACGCUACGUUGUCGGCGAGAUCCGAGACUAUAUUGCCGAGCUACAGGAACGGCCUACAGCAACCCCCGAAGAAAAGCCAGAGUCUCAACAGGACGUGCAGAUGCUCUAUGACCAGAUAGAGGAAUACCGCAAGAUCAUUGCUGAGCAGGCCCGACUACUUGAGCUUGCUCUGUCCAAGCCCAAAGACCUUGGCCCUACACAUUCGCCUGCCAGGUCGGAGUAUCUCAGCGGCGAUGGCGAUUGGAAAGAGCUGGAGGAGCAGCGGGCACAGCUGCAGGAAGAUCGACGCAAGUUGACGGAAGCAGCGAUCAGGAUGGGCGUUGAACGCGCCGCCUUGCAGAGAGAUCGCCAGGAACUUGAGGAAGAGCGGCGAAGGACACCUCGCGGUUCGACUGGAGAGCCUCCCGAGAGCACUUACCCGGUCGAGAGUGGGCCUCCGGGGCUUGACACUGAGGCAUUUUUGUCAACGCUGCCCAAGACGCCGCGAUGGCUGAGGGCUGGCAAGCAACCAACUCUUGAGGAUCUACUUGAGACCCCUGGUGCACAGACGCCAGUGUCCCGGCCUUCAUCUCGCGUUCCAAGUGGCUCAUCGGACCGGACUGCGAUCCCGUCCGCCGAGGAAGCGAUCAGGAACUCGCACACGAACACACGGUUCGCCCACCCACCACCGCCAGCCGAUUUUCCUCACGGUGUGAGCGAGCCUCGAUCCCGAGCGGCCGAUUCGGCAGCGGGUCGCAGCUCGCGCCGUCGGACCAGCAGCAAUCUGCCCAAGUCCGAUGAUGCCGGUGCAGAAGCCGCCCCAGCAGCCGCGGCACCAGCACGCUCCCAGAUUGCCCAUGCGGCCGAAGGCGGGUCAUGGGCUCCAAGCCAGCCAGGAACCACCUUGCCCUCCACGAGUUCCUUCAGCAAGCCCAACCCCGUGUCCCCCGAGUAUCUCAGUGUUUGGAGCAAGCCCAUCGAGGACAUCCAGACUUUCAACUUCCACACGCCAACGCCAAAACAUCGCUCGCACUCCGAGUCGACUCCAUCUGCGCGGCGACGCAGCGGACUCUUCCAUAUUCUAUCCCAGUCCGACGCCGGGACUGGAUCAGGAUCCGGCUCUGGGCCCGAUCCCUUCUCGACAGCGACCCCAAAGGCUGCCGCUGGAUCAAGGUUCGAUGAGAGCGCGCCGCUAUCGACUCCUCGAGGUGCCGAGAUCGUCACCGAAUCCGAGACUCUGACAACGACACCGUACUCGACCCUCAACGGCAUCACACCGCUCAACCCGAGACGCGGCCACUUGCGAAGCCAGAGCGCCAGCACGAAAUCGUCGACACCCUCGACGAUCAAAUCGGCAUUGCGGAAGCCGUCGAACCCUGGCAUGGCGAGCUUGGUGGACUACAUGAGCGAGCGGAAGAGAAGCAAAGGCGUCACCCUGGACUUGACGCCCGAGGUCCGUGGCAUGACUCCGUAGUUUGGCGCACGGUAGUGCUGAUGCAGCAACCCGGAAGGCGGCAAUCGAGGCGUCGUGCAUGGCGGAUAGAGUGUGCCAGGGCAGAAGGAGCAUCCUGGAUCUGCGUAGAUGGUCGGUUUGUGUCCGAUUCUCAAUACAGACAGGCUUGGUGCAUCGCCGGGCUGCACUCGGCCGUUCAGACGCAUGCGAGAUCGUGGCCGGUGCCCAUCUGUCCC